GCGGGCCUUACCCAGGGAAAGCCUGUGGAGAUAAACGCGUUUCCUGAGGGCCCGCUAAGGGCGCUGCGGCCGGGUUGCCCGCGGGGCCGGGACGGGGGGACAGCCUGCUCCGUACUGAACAAACCGGGCUCGCUCUGGGCAGCGGGACGGUUCCCUUUCGCUCCUCUGAAGCCGCAAGUUAUUUCCAGUGUCUGUUUUACUCACAGAACAUGGUCCUAAGUUUUGUGAGGCUACUGAAUUGCCUUUUAAUUCACCAGGUCUGAAUUCUCUUGAGUGUGGAUAACAAUUUACCCCUUAAGGUAGAUCGCAGUGAGAGGAGUCCGACCUGCACCUCUUCGAUGUGAACAAACCCACCACACAGUAGCGCUGCCCGCGCCCGGUCAAACACUUGCAUAAGCCUCUGUCAUAGCGAAUGAGGUCCCUAUGACACGCUUUACUUUUUGCCGGUGCUAUUUAGAUAGUCUCAGAAUAAUGUAAACUUAUUAAAGCGAUGAGAAUUACUCUGAAAGAAUUAAUUACUGCCUUCCCCCCACCGGACCUAAAGCAAAGGCUGAGGAACUAAUUUGAUCAUGUGAAAGCCAAACCUUGGUUCUACAAUAUCAAAACAGGACAAAAAAGAGCUUGGGAAGUCUUUAGUGUCUCAGACUUUCAUUGGUUGUGAAGUACUACAGGCAGGACAAGAGAUGACUGGCAUGUGAGUUGUUGAUUGCCUCUUGGAUGGAGCAGGAUCAUGAGUGCUUCCAGCUACAAUGAAAACUGUCUCUUUCACAGAAACCUGCUUACCUAUUCCAAAAACUCCCUGCUUUCUGUCCUGCAGAUUGUGGAUUUGUUGCCAUUUUUUAAACAUCCUUUGUAAACAUGACUCCUCUAGUAUCUCUAAGCUCAACCAAGUGGUUGGUACUAAAAUGAUAUGGGUGGCAGUCAUUGGUGAUUGGUUCAACCUCAUAUUUAAAUGGAUUUUAUUUGGCCAUCGCCCAUACUGGUGGGUGCAAGAAACAAUGAUUUAUCCUAAUCAAUCAAGCCCAUGCCUUGAACAGUUUCCUAUAACGUGUGAAACUGGACCAGGAAGCCCAUCUGGACAUGCCAUGGGAUCAUCCUGCGUCUGGUAUGUAAUGGUCACUGCAGCACUUAGCUACACAGUUAGAUGGAAAGAUAAAUUAGCUGUUACCCUUCACAGACUGACAUGGUCAUUCCUCUGGAGUAUUUUUUGGAUUAUCCAGAUCAGUGUGUGCAUUUCAAGAGUAUUCAUAGCAACACAUUUUCCUCAUCAAGUUAUUCUUGGAGUAUUUGCUGGCAUUCUUGUGGCAGAAGCAUUUGAGCAUACCCCUGCUAUUCAGACUGCGAGCUUGAGAAUGUACAUCAAGACAAACUUGUUUCUUUUCAUCUUUGCCCUUGGGUUUUAUCUAUCCCUCAAACUUCUUGAUAUUGACUUGUUAUGGUCUGUUCCAAAGGCCAAGAAGUGGUGUGCCAACCCAGACUGGAUAAACAUUGACACAACUCCAUUUGCUGGACUGGUGAGGAAUUUAGGGGCACUCUUUGGUUUAGGUCUUGGAAUUAAUUCUGAAAUGUUUGUCACAAGCUGCAAAGGUAAAAAUAGCUGCAAGCUAAGUUUUCGCAUAUUGUGUAUAGCUGCUUCUUUAGCUACACUGCAGCUGUAUAAUUUCAUUAAGAUACCUACUCAUACUGAGUAUUUGUUCUACAUUCUCUCCUUCUGUAAGAGUGCAGCUAUGCCUCUGACUGUAGUUGCCUUGGUUCCAUACUGUGUCCACUCGUUAAUGAAGACAACUGAAAAGAAACUUAAUUGAGGUUCAAAAUGAUUAGCAAUGUGGGGAUGGAUAUGAGCUGCUCAAGAACCUUCCACAAAGGCAGUUUUGCUAACUCAUUUUAACCAAAGGGAUGCUACUGCAUCUUUGAUGUGCUCCUGGUAAGUAACCAGUACAUCCAAAAUCAGUACACUCUAGAAUGACUUUGGCAGCUCAUAAAUAUUAUUAGUUGCUGAUUCCUAGAAAUAUUGCAAUCACAGUGCAGUAUGGUUAGAAAUGGCCCAAUACUCUGGGUCAUAACAAAGUUUUAAAGUACAAUCAACUAGUUUUAUUUAGCUAUAUGGUGGUCUUUAAGUUCUCUCCAUCUCUAGCUAGAUGAUGCUUCAAGCAUCAGUUGUACAUAGUGAUACUCGGUAUUUAAUUUUUUUAUAUAUAGAUACUGUGUGUUAAACUGCUACAUAAUGGUGUGACAGUAUCACACCACCUACCACUGGACUGUACGGCUGUACCCAGGCACUGUGAAAAAGGCCAGCGUAGUUAUAAGCAAGGCUUUACAUUUAACUUAUUGAGCUUCCUGAGCAAAACAGCUUCUGAUUAAGUCAGAUGAGAAAAAAAAAAAGUUUAUUUCCAUUAUACUCUGCAGAAUAUAUUUUUGCAUUACUAUGUGGGUUUUGUCAUUCUUACUUUUUCAAAGUGGUCACAUAAAUCAUGAAUGAUACAGAUCACGCCUUUGAAAGCUGUCAGUGAUGAAAUUAUCUCAGUAUAUGACCUCAAGAAUAUUGUUCAUGCUCCUAUAUUGCAAAGAUAACUCUCUGCUAAUUCUCUCAGAUCAAGAAACACAAGCCUGAAUCACUGUUAGUAGUUGUGUAAAUCAUGAAAAUGUGGUUGCAGACUGUCAUCGCAACUUUAUAUUCUUGUCAGCUUUGUUUACCUAAGCACACAAAUAGCUAGUAUGUUAAAUAUGUUUGCUCUAUAAAAUGGAUGUUCUAAAUAGGCAAAGGUGGGUACUUUCCAUUUUUACUCAUUAUUUGGCAUCUACUGUUGUAUAUUCCCUUUCAGUACACAAUUUUUAAGCAAUAUUUUGCUGAUACCAUCUCAUAAUACUUAGUAUACAAGCUGUUUAUACAUAGCCUUAGUAUACAAGGCCAUAAGAUGAGUAAUGAGGGCUGUGUAUGUAUGAUCUGAAAAAAAUAAGGCUGAGAAGAUGUAAACAUGAUAUUGUUUCCAGACUUCCAGUUAGGUGUGGGAUAAUUCAAACUGAAAGAAUCUUAUUUAAUUUGGGUAAACAAGGUGAAUAGUUUUGCAUUGGCCUUUAGGAAUAAACAUUAUACAAAUUACAGCAGCAAAUCUGAAACAGGCAUCCUUAUUUAAGAGCCUAGUAAGACUACCUUGACUUAAAAAAAUGAGUCAUCUUGUUUUAACAAUUUGAGGAGUAUUUUACUUUGUGUAUCUCCUCAUAUCUUCUGUAAUGGAUCUCUGAACUCUUUUUCCUGCAGCAGCUGACUUGAAACCAGUCUUUUCUAUAAUUGUAAUUCCUUAAGCAAAAUUACUAAACUAAUGGGACUAGAAACAAAUAACCAAGAACAAAGACAGCCAAGACAAAGAUCAGCUGUGUUAAGUUGCUCUGUGCUUUGUUAUUCCCUACCAGUGAGGUGACCUACAGAGGCAUCACAGAACACUAGCAGGUUGGUCUAGCUGUCCUUCUGUUUCUGGCUCCUUCUGGCCAGCAGUAGGGGAUGCUUUGUGCACAGCUGUCGGAGGCUUUCACAACAGCAUUUGGAUUUAGUGGCAAUGUUGGCAAUUUUAAGCUGGGAGUUAUGGGUAGACAUCACAUUUUUAAGCUUCUACCACAUGAAGGUCUCUGCUUCCGGGCCCUGGCAAAGAAUCUUGGUGCCUCUGUUGGGAUAGACACAACCACAAAUGUAGAAUGACAACUGGCAUUUCUGCACAAGACAGCAAAUGACACCAUCUACUGUCAAGACUAACAAUUCAGGCUUGAAAGAUGUAAGCAAAUGCCUUUGGGUUGGCUCAGGGACUUGUCACCAAGUUCCAGGGCUGGGACAUCUUGCUGUGAGGCAGCCAUGGCGGCACGACCAGUCCAGCUCUGCACCGAGCAGUCCAUCAAGGCUUGUUGCUCAUGCCCAGACAUACUGUGUAGCUCCACUUGAAAUUUAAUCCCUUUGCACAGGUACCAAAGGUCUUUAUAAUCAACUGGUUGUCAGUAGCACAUAGAAAUUAAGUGGCAGGAGCUGGUACUCAGGAAUGUGCAACUGUUUGUGUGUGCUGUGAGUGCCUGCAUGCUUCUGGAAAGUACCAGCAUACUUCCCAACACUCAGCUCUCGAUAUUCCCUAGCUGCUUGAAAACAGGAUGAUGUUACAAUGAAGAGCAGUAGCAGUGCCACCUAGGUGGGGCUGUGUCCCUGUGCUCCUGCAAGGGGAUGACAGGCAGGGGCUAGUGUUUUUGAGCUGGCCUUCUCUGCAGCUCUGUCCUGCACAGCAGCCCCUUGUCACAGACAUGAUCCAGUUACCCAGAAAUACCUGUUAGCUGGUGCAAGAUAUUCAUGCGCCUGUCUGAAGGGUAAGAGAAGUGCUAAGGCACAAGAGCAAGUGAAAAAAUACAAUUCAUUGGUUUAAUUUGGGUCAUGAAAAUGGUGUCCUUUUAGGCAAAAGAAUUAUGAAAUAAGUACACACAGUCAUGGUAGUUUCUAAUAAAGAGUCAUUAUUUUUCCAUGGCCUUAAAUACUAAUAUAAAUUAAAUAUCAUAUAGGUAUGUCAGUAGCUUAUUCAUACUGAUAUUUAUAUUGAUACUCUGUCGAUAUUUUCAGUCCUAAGCCAUCAAACUAAUUAUUGCUCUGUAACAUAAAAAGGCUGAAAAUAUUAAAGCAAAUAAUGCAGCUUUUUUUUAAUUUCUAGUUAAGGUUUAAAAUACAGACUUCCUUGAGAAAACAGCCAUUUCAGUGCCAGCUGUGUGAGUUCAGUAGGGACUUUGGCAGCAAUUCUAUUAAUGGAUUUGUACAAAAGUUGAAAUGAGGUUUUGCUGCCUGGAAUUAAGGGAUGUAUUCUAAUAAAUUUUCGCCCUUCCAGCUCUAUUCAAUUACUGGUACUGUUACAUAGUUUUAUAAGAAGUGGUGUGAUUUUUUUAUAAAGUGAGUGGAACCGCCUCCUGCCCUGCAGAUUUUAGGACAUGGAGAAUGACUUUUCUGGUUAAUACUCUAUUAUUCAAAAUCAAUAUUUAAAUGUUGGAACUGUAAUUUAUACUUUCAGUCUAUCUGCUUUGUCUCCAAGAUCCUAGUCACUAAAGCAAAGAGUGCUGUUGUGCUACAGACAAUAACAUAUUUCAGAGAAACCUGCAGUAGAUCUUGUAAUAAACUGUGGUAGAUACAAGCUUCUGCCAAAAGAAGCUCCUUCUUGACCUUUGUCAUAUCUGAAUGCAUUGUUGGUGUUUAUCAACUGUAUUUAAUGAAAACAGAGAUCUAAUUAUGGGGUUUUUUCCACCUUUACUGAUUAUGAUUUCUAUAAAAAUACACAUUAUUGUCUUCCA